CUAAGAUUCUUCUGAAGAUGUUUCAAAAUUUAGGCAAGAAGCGACAGUGGAAAGUGGAAGACUCGGAUCCCCAGCAAGAACUUCACAAAUGUGUCCAAGGGGCAACACUGGAGGUCUUGAGAAGCAACAUAUGCUUUGGUAAACAACUUGGCACUGGAGCCUAUGGUCCUUCUUUCAAGGCCAAAUUGACAGACCACCCUGGUGGGUCUUCUGAUAUUGUGGUUAGAAAAUAUAAGAUCCCAAAGGAUAGGUGCACUGGUCAUGAGGUCUUUGAAGAACUCAGAGUGAGGCUACACAUUGGAAAACAUGUUAACAUUGUUAAUUUGAUUGGGGUCAACACUUUGAAUAUUUCCAAAGGUAAACUGUGGAUGCUUUAGAAUAUUGUGAGUUAGACGUCUUGUCUUUCUGCGAAGGAACCACAGUCGCUACAAAGAGGAGGG